AUGUUUCUGUUUAAAGAAGUGAGAGAGCAAGAAUUGGCUGUGUUACAGGAGAAAUAUGAGAAACUCCAGAGACGGCAACUGAAACUGAUAAACACGAUAGAGGACAAUAGAAAGUUCGAGAGAUACAUCCAGCAAGUGGUGGAUAUUCUCCCUGAAGGAUAUCUGGAACUGAGUGAUAAUAUGAUGAAAGGAGUGAUAAGCAGAUACAAUACACUUGAGCAAGCCAACGCCUCCCUUUUACAAGAACUUAUGCAGAAAGAUGACUCGAUAGACAAAGCACAGCAAGAUCUGGCUGAGUUGAACAAGAGUAAAACUGACGAAGUACUGGGCUACAACUCCACCAUCGCGGCUCUGCAUACCAAACUGGAAAAGUGUUAUCAGAUGACGCAUAAAAAAGAAGAGAAGACUGUGCGACAGAAGAUUCAUCACAGAAAUCAGUGUCAGCUAUACGGUCAACUGGAGCUGGCGAUAAAGAACAUCGUUGAGAUGAAGUGUCGAGCAGUAAAAAUAAAACCGGGGCAACCCCCUCACACUUUGGUGGAAAAACUCUCUAUCAUCGAGGCGUAUCUAACUGAGCGAGAGUCAGUAUUCAAGAUCUCACAGGAGGCGACGACUCCAGCAUCAAGUCCAGGCCCUGCCUAAAUCCCAGACUAUGUCAAACAAAAGUUUUAUAGAAAGUCAGAGAGAUCUUAAAUAUUUCCAGAAUUUUAGAAUUUUAUAUGGCCCAACCAAAAUAAUUUUAUAUACUAAUUGUAUAAAUAUAAACACGACGGUCGCCCUUGCCAUCAAUUUUAUCUGCUGGCAUUGAGAUUCUAGUCUGGGCUAUUCCCCGAUUUCAUUAAAAACUUUGUAUUCUUUCUUAGAUCACACCAAGGUUCCGUCCUGUACGUUUUGUUUGAUCUUCGAUCAUAUCACUGUUUUAGUUUGGUCAUGUCAUGCUUGAUUUAAUUGUUACUAUUAAUUAACUAUGCUUUGGUCUUAUGUGUUACAGUGUUAUGGGAGACAACUCCAGAACGUACACAGCCAAGUGAAUUAAUAUUAUUUUUCGUUCAUUGUUGGUUCUUGUUUUAUAAGAUUUGUGUAUUUGAUUUUAAGGGCUUUGCUAAUUAAAUAAUCAGAGCAAAACUACGAGUCACACAUUUGAGGAAUGUUUUCCCCCGUUGAGAUGAGAUAAACUAAAUUUUUAAAUAAUUCAAACGAAUGGUAAUUGGUAAAGGGUCUGCGACCGGUCCUGUCGAUAUUUGACCGUCGAAAUUUUGUCGGAUCUGAGAUUUUAUUGUUCGACUACAGAUAUGCUCUGGGUGUGUAAACAGCUUUUGAGUAUGUAAAUAACAUACCUGCAAUGAUAAUGCAGAGUCUUUCGAAAAACUUAACGUGUAAUUUAUAAUUUAAAUGUUAUCAGCAAAGUUGUUUUUGCAACGAUAAAUCGAUUCAACAUGAG